AUGGUCUCAGUGGUCGAUGAGGAUGAGGAUACUUUUGUGAGUACCUCCCGUCACGACGUGGCGGGCGCAGAAAAAGCCCGACCGGAUUCCAGUCGCCCGCCACCGCCAUCUAGCAACCCGGAUGAGCUGAAUAUUACUUCACAUCAUGAUCCCACCGGGUUGAUUGAAGAGAUACAACCCAGGUAUCAAGCACCUCUCGCCUUAUCCGUGCCCCGGUCAGAACAGCCGAAUACGCCAGAUAGCACCUCGCCACAAAGAGCGGCAGGUCCCACGAGUGCAACAAGGUCGGUCCCCUGGCCGAUGGGCAUUCCGCGAAGCGGACUGGAUCAAGAGCAAGUUCAGCAUGCCCGGGACCCCUGGUUUCACGAUGAGCGCUUUUUACGCCUCUUCUAUGAAAAUUUUCAUGUCGCCCAUCCAAUCUUGGUGCCCAGCGCAACAUAUCAUGAUCGGCAGUACCCGGACUUCCUUCAGCUCGUUGUGAAUUUUGUUGGUUCCCAUUAUAUCCCAUCAAGUCCGACUCUAGACUAUAGGGACAAAGUUCUUGCAGAGCUUACCUGCAAUCCGGACCGUUCACCGUGUAUGGUUCAGGCUUGGUUGAUCUUCGCAAUCGCGAUUUAUGCUCGCGGCGAAUGGCAGGAGGCGCAGGACGCCUUCUCGCACGGUGUUGAAAUCGCUUUAGAGAUUGGCAUGAACCGUCGCGAGUUUGCCAUGGCUGGCCACCCCGAGAAUAGCAUCGAGGCUGAAAGCCUCCGGAGAACCUGGUGGGAACUUUACGUUACAGAUAUCUUCAUCGCGGCUCCGUUUAAGAGCAAUACCUUCCUUUGCAGCACAAUGGCUCCAGAUGUGGGUUUGCCUUGUGAAGAGUCGGUUUAUACCGGAACAUGCGAUAUUUCAACACCCCGGAAGAUUCUUGAUUUCAAACGCCGAGUCUUUGCGCCGGAGGAAACAGUCUUUUCCUCCUUCAGCUAUCGCAUUGAGGCUACUACCAUUCUUUGCAGAGCUCUCGUCUUGAGUAGACUGCGGGACUAUCAUCGCGAUCAUCUUCAAGCGGUUGAGAAUGCGCUCGUCAGCUGGGUCAAUCAUUUGCCUCCCAGAAAGCUGGACAUUGUCGAUUCUUACGGUAACAUUGAUGAGAUGAUGUUUCAAGCACACAUAACGAUCGCCUAUGCUACUAUGCUCCUCCACCUACCGCGAAGCGACCUCCAACCUGUUUUAUCCCAAACAAAUGAGCAGUUCUGGCCUUCUGCCACUCGACAUAUGGGCUCUACCCUCAACCGCCCGAUUCACAGCAUCAAAGCUACUGAAGCUUCCAGGCGAAUAUCCGAUGCAAUCUCCCUCUGUCCAAAUGUCCUCAAGCACUCUCCCUUCGUUAUUCCCACAUUGGCACUCGCUGGAAUGAUUCAACUAGCAACAUCUAUUAAGCACACCGAAGAGUGUUUUGAUCACCACUACAACAGGGUUACUCUCAUCCUUGGGUGCCUCAAAAGCACAAAACGAAUAUGGGGUCUCGCAGAUGCUGCUUACAAUCAUCUGCGUACCUCUGCAGCUGAUGCAUUAUCAGAUUCCAUGGAGCGAUGGAGCACGGAACCUCUUCGAAAAUUCUUCCCAGCGGAUUCGACACCCAGUAGAGCAGAGCGUACAUCAUCCCAGCCCACUCGGCCCACAUCGGCCAUUUCGGAAGGCCAGGAGCUCUUUUUCCCGCCCAUUACCCCAGCUUUUGUUGACCCGACAUGUUACAAUGACUCGUUCUUCACCUCUAUCCCUGAUUUUGAUAUUAGCUAA